CUCGUCUCCUCACUCUCUCUCUCUCUCUCUCUCUCUCUCUCUCCCUGUGUCCGACUCUUGACUCAAAAUUUCUCCGCAGGGGCGGACAAGGGAACGCCGGAGAAGAAACAAGCCGAGUGCGUACAAACCUAUACAUAAGCCGUAUCUAUCUCCGUAUAUCUCCCUCCUCCUCCUGCUCCUCCUCUCCCGAGCCCUGAGCCGACCAGCUGAUUCACCGAUGGAGUACCGCUCCUCCACUCUGUCGAAGAAGCUCGGGGGGAGCAGCCUCAACGGGACCAGUAUCUACGACGGCGUCUUCUCCGGCUCCGCCCCGUUCCGGCCCUCGAGCUUCUCCUCCUCCUCCUCCUCAGCGUCCCGACCGGAGGACUACGCGGAGAUAUUCGGCGGACCAAGGGACUCCCGCCGGUCGUCGAUCCCGGUGCUCGACGUCCCCGCCCUCCAUGACCGGAAGGUCUCGGUGGACGUCCGGAGCUCGAAGCUCGAGUACUCGAACAUCUUCGGAGGCGGCUCCAACGAUGGCUCUGUAUCGUUCGAGGACGUAGUUGUCGACCCGAGGAAGAUGAGGAACCUGUCCCGACGAGAACAGACUCGAGCUCAUACACGGUCAUCUUCAGAGGUCUCAUUUAGUGGUUCGGAGGAUAAUCAUGUGUUACGGAAAGCGUCCCAUGCUUCUCCGGAUAAGGUGAAGAAACAGGUCAAUGUGUCGUACAAUAAAAGUGUAGGAGGAGGCAAAGAUGGGCUAAAUGGGAUGACGCAUAUUGCUGAGCUCCAUGAUGUUCCUGGAUAUGCUCGUUUAGUCGAUGAGAAUAAUCCCUCUAAGCAGCUGAAAAAUGAUAAGCCCAUAACUAAUGGUGCCCACCAUGAAUUUGGCACUGGUGAUCGGGUAGUGAAAGCCAAAGAUGCAAAAAGGUCCAAGUCUUCGCUGUCAUCGAGUAGCUCUGACAAAAAGUAUAGUAAAGAUGUCUCUCAAGAUAGAUCUCCUUCGCAUAGCAGUUUAUUUGAAGGUUAUGAGUUUGGGCUAAGAACAGAACCUUCUGAAGUGCACGCUCCAUCAGACCUUCCACAGAAUGGUAACUCCAGGUUGAUAGUUUCUCCAAGUAAAGUUUCCAAAGGCGGGGUAGGUACUGGCUCACCCACUUAUUUUGACGAGGAAGUCGAUGCAAAUUCAGUUGCUGCAGCGUCUGCAGAUGCUGUGCGAAAAGCGAUUGAGAAAGCCCAGGCGAGGAUAAAAGUGGCAAAAGAUUUGAUGGAAAGACGGAAGGAAGCUUUUCAAGGUAAUGUGGAGUCUAAGAGCUCGAGGGAGCCGAGAAGGGAGCGCAAAAAGGCAAGCAAGCCCCAAGAGCAAAGGCUUGAGGAGUAUGCAAAGGUGGGUUCUGUGAAAACUGAGUGUGAAAGUACUGAUAUCAGUGAUCAUGCCAGACAUUCUAAUAAUAUUGCAAGACGCACAUUUGAGCAGUUAAGCAGAGAUACUCGGGAAUAUAAUUUGCAAGGAGAGGCAGUUGAAAGGGAUGAAUCCAAUGAAACUAAAACCAAGACACUUGAGGAAAAGCAGGAAUUAACUGAUGAUUGCGAAAUGCUAAUGAUGGGAAGAACUACUGAAAGUGCGGCGGGAAUUAGUACGUUAUCAACUGCAGUUGAAGGAGUCCCUCUUCAGAAGGUUCAUGAGAAAACUGAGGGCAGACCAUCUAGUGCUGAAGUGGCACAUGAAUGUGACAAUCACUCGGAUAAAUCUGAAUCUAGUAGACAGUUGCAGUAUGUGGAAGAACAAAGUGAGAGCGCUGAGGAGCCCAUGGCCUCCAGUGACCAAAGAGAAUGUCAUGGGUAUCUAGAAGAAUUUCAUGAGUCUUCGUCACAGAUGAAACUUGAUGCCUACCAGUUGGAGGAGAAAACUGCGAGAGCAGAGGACUGUGUUAGGGAAGAAAAUGAGGAGAAACAAAGUGAGGGUCAUGAAGUAGAAGGCAGUAUUAGAUCAAAAGCCAACCCUGAUAAUGAAGAGAACACCACACAUGAGAAGUUUGAUGAAAGAGAAGAAAAAGAGGAGAGGGAAGGAGAAUCUUAUGAGGGAGAAUGUGGGUGGGAACAAAACGAGGAGAAACGAAGCAAGAAUCAUGAAGGCAGUCUUCAACCAAAUAACAUCUCUGAUGGCGAGGAGAAAAAUACCUCAUGUGAGAAGAUUGAAGGGAAAGAAGAAAACAGGGAAAUACAAGGGGAAUCUUGUGAAAAGGAAGGUGGGGAGAAAUCUGAAGAGGCUAGUAACCAGCAAGAAAGCAAGAAUGAAUAUAAUGGCUUCAGUUUGGGAACAGAUGCUAAGCAGUGGUUUGAUCACAUGAAGGAAAUACUACACGUGAGAAUUAACAGCUUUCUUGAUGGAAAAGAGAAUAGUAGACUCCAAGAGGGUGGUGAAGUUGAAGGUAAUCAUCAGCUUGAGGCUGAAGUAAGUGAAGAGUUGGUAGAGGAAACUUGUGGGGUGGAAGCAAUUGAGGAAUUGCAUAGUGCUGAAGAAUCGGUUAUAGAUGAGAAACCAACAAUUGAGGUAAAUAUGAGAGGAGAUGAUGAAGCACAAGAUGCAGCCACUGAAGAUAAAGAGGAUGAGUGUGAGGAGCUAAUGGGGACUAUGGAAGUCUCGUAUGAGGAGAACAGAGAAAGCGUGGAUAUAACUAGGGAUUAUGAUGAAUAUGAAGGAAAUGAAGUAAUGGCACAAGAAACUAAUUUAUCGGUUGAAGAGAAAGAGAUUUUGGUCGUCAAUAGCAUUAUCUUAAACAAAGAUGAACCGACUAAUUUAUCAGUUGGACAGGAAGACAAUUCACCAAUAAAAUUAGAGGAAGAGGAAAUAUGUGGAUCUGAAAAAUCUGAUUUGACUGGGGGCUCUCUUCAAGCUGAUGGAGAAAAACAGGUGGAAGAUGCAAUGGAGGUUCUUGGCUUCUAUGAGAGUGAUGUAAAAUUAGCCUUCACGGGCAUCAAGUUUGGAUUUUGUCUAAGCAACCAAUAUACGGAAAAACCUGAAGAAGUACAUGAUACAGGAAAACGUGUAGAAGGAUUGGAUCCUCAGAUAGAUGAGUGCGAUGUUUAUCAGAAAGCAGCUGAAGUUUCGAGCAAUGAGGGAGAAGAGACUGAAGAGAUGACUGAUGAGAUGGAAGUCGAGACCAAAGUUUCUGAUGAUGAUGAUAGAUGGGCUGAUAAUGAGAAAGCAGCUGAAGUUUCAAGCAAUGAGGAGGAAGAGGCUGAAAUGACUAAUGAGAUGGAAGUCAAGACUGAAGCUUCUGAUGAUGAUAGAUGGGCUGAUAAUGAGGUGAAUGUGGAAAAAAAUCAGCUCCAUGUUGUACCUGAAAGAGAAGAAAGAACUGUGAAUGAUAAUAAGGAGAUGACCACAAGCCAAGCUACUGAGGAGGAGGAAAGUCGGCUGACAACCCAGAUGACCAAAGAAAAGGAAACUGAAGAUCAUUCAAAAACCGGAUUGGAGAUGGAAAGAGAUACAUCUAGGAAAAGAGAUGACAGGAAAGAGAGGGAAAGAGAAAAGGAAAUUGAAAGGGAACGAGAAAAGGAAAGGUUAGCCGUAGAAAGAGCUAUCCGCGAGGCUCGUGAGAGAGCUUUUGCUGAAGCCCGAGAGAGGGCAGAAAGGGCAGCGGUGGAGAAAGCAGCAGCUGAAGCUCGUCAAAGAGUAAUGGCUCGAGCCCGAGAGAAGUUGGGGAAAACUUCAUCAGAUCCUUUGAAUAAACCGGCAGAGAAGACAUCAGUUGAAGUGAGACUAAGGGCCGAACGUGCUGCAGUGGAAAGAGCAACUGCAGAGGCUAGGGAGCGUGCCCUUGAAAAGGCAAUGUCGGAAAAGUUGUCUGGUGCUGGGAAAGAUAACAAAGCGAGACAAAAAUCAUCUUAUGAUUCGCAGCAUAAAAGCUCUGGUCCUUCCAGCAAUCAUAGAAAUUCAAGUUCUUCAGACAAUGGUGUUCCCCGGUCAACCGAGAGAUCCAAUGGAUCCAAUACUGAAUCAGCUCAAUGGUCUAAAGCUAGGUUGGAGAGGCACAAGAGAACAGCAGAACGAGCGGCAAAAGCUCUUGCAGAAAAGAACAUGCGUGAUCUUCUUGCUCAGAGAGAGCAGGCGGAGAAAAAUAGACUAGCAGAAGCCCUUGAUGCUGAUAUCAAAAGGUGGUCGAGUGGGAAGCAAGGAAACUUGCGAGCAUUGCUGUCAACACUACAAUAUAUACUGGGACCAGAUAGCGGUUGGCAGCCUGUUACACUGACGGAGAUCGUAACAGCUGCUGCUGUGAAGAAAGCUUACAGGAAAGCCACCCUCUGUGUUCAUCCCGACAAACUGCAGCAAAGGGGUGCAAGCUUGCAACAAAAGUACAUAUGCGAAAAGGUUUUUGAUCUUCUAAAGGAGGCUUGGAACAGAUUUAGUGCAGAAGAAAAAUGAGUUCGGGUUUAAAGCCUGUCGAUGGCCGUUGCUUUAUGGGCCAAAUUCAUCCGGUUGAUGUAGACUUCCUCUCCCAUUAUUUAUGUACUGAAAACUCAAAUAAUUCUUGAUAUUGCUCCAUAAAGUGAGUAUAUAUAUAUAUAUAUAUAUAUAUAUAUAU